AAGAGGGCGUGGCUCUGCGAUAAUUGAGUGUAAACCUUAGAAAUUCACCCUGCAGGCGGCGGCUCGGUCUAAUCCGUUAUAAACACGGCAAAAGCAAUAAUAAUGAUGAUGAUGAUGAUGAUGAGUUGUACAGAUCAGCUCGCGCUCACCGCGGUGUUAAUGCUGUUAACCGGAGGCGCGCGCGGGAGCCGUGUUUGGAAGGAAGGCCCGCGGGUCGGACCGGAUGGGAGACAGUACAAAGCCGCGGGGUUCCGGCCUGAAGACUGGGACCAGCCGCCGGCCGUCCGCGUGCACUGCACCGAAAACAGCAUGGUGGUGAGAGCGCGCGCUGAUCUCUACGGUACUGGGCGGCUCGUGACCGCGAGUGAGCUGCGACUCGGACCGGAUUUCUCAGCGGCAAACUGCGGGGCGGUUCAGCGCGAGGACACCGAGCUCGUGAUUACAGCGGGGCUGCAUGAGUGCGGCGCGGAACUGCGGGUUGAGGAUGACAGUUUGGUUUAUGCUAACACUCUGUUCCACACUCCAACCCUGAACCGCUUUGGCAUCAUCAGGUCGGCGGGCGUGGCCAUCCCCCUCGAGUGCCGCUACAAGAGGACUCACUUUGUUAGCAGUAAUAGCCAGUCAAGUCCUGUGAGCCCCGCCCUUUUAAGCUCCGUCCCAACCACGCCCGUGUCCUCGCCUCAGAUCAGAACCGAUGAUUGGAUGUCUGGGAGAUCGUUGAACAUGUUUCAGUCUGAUAAAGUCAUCAGCAUGGCGGCGUCUGUGCUCAGCGCUCGUCACAGUGCCCUUAAACUCUUCCUGGACCGCUGUGUGGUGACGCUGGGGCCCGACGCUGCAGCCACGCCCAGCUGUGACCUCAUCAGUUACCACGGGUGUCCUCGUGACUCAGGAUCAUCUCAGGCCACCGGCUCCUUCCUGCCCGGGGCAGAAGGUCAUGUGCUGAGGGUGAAACUCAACCUGCUGCGUUCACUCGGAGACAACCGACACGCAGACAACUCUAUGUUCAUCACGUGCUGGAUGAAGACAGUUGAUCCGGUUCAGGAGGAGAACUCUGUAACUAAAGCGUGUAGCUACAUGGGGAACAGCUGGCGCAGUGUUGAUGGGAAGCACGAGGUGUGUGAGUGCUGUGACGGGAAGUGUGAUGACUUCAGCCAGAGACGGAUAAGCACAUGACCCUGCAGCAUUGCAUCAUUAGACUCUGCGAGCUCGGUGGUGUUCACUCUCGGGCCCAUCAUCCUGCUGAACUGAACUCUUUACUGCACUUCAAUAAACCCUCAGUGCAAACCA